AAAAUGCAUAAAUCAUGGACUAAAAUAGAGUUAUUAGUAGUGUUAAGCUGCUUGUAUUUGACUCUAGAGGCAUCUGCUGAAGUACAAGGGAUGUUGCGAGUGAAAGACUCGGAAACUCGCGAAGUCAAAGAUUUGUGUGGUUUGUGGAAUUUCCGCGCUGACAUGUCAAAUGACCGAGAAGCGGGCUUUCGGGAGUCAUGGUUCUCAAAGCCACUUUCAAAGUCUGGUGCAACCAUUCCAAUGCCUGUGCCAUCAAGUUAUAAUGAUAUUACCCAAGAUAGGACCCUUAGGGACUUUAUAGGAUGGGUGUGGUAUGACAGAGAAUUCUUUGUCCCUCAUUCUUGGRAUGACUUGAACAAGACAAGAGUUGUGUUGAGGUUUGAAAGUGCACAUUACUACAGCAUAGUGUGGGUGAAUGGGAAAAAGGUCGUAGAACAUGAAGGUGGACACCUGCCAUUUGAAGUUGAAAUCACAACAGAUCUUGCUUACAACAAAGUCAACUGGAUAACAGCAGCUGUGAAUAAUACUCUUACACCAACAACACUACCGCCAGGGACCAUAGAAUACCCGACAGGAGGUGAUGGGUAUCCUCCAGGUUACUUUGUUCAAAAAUACACUUUUGACUUCUUCAACUAUGCAGGCAUCCACCGACCUGUCAAGCUGUACACCACAUCCAUAGCAUAUCUCUCAGAUAUAACCAUCACCACAUCCUAUGACCAAACCUCUCAGUUAGCUGUUGUUCAAUUUGACUGUCAAGUUGGAGCUCCUGAUACAGUACCUGAGAAUGAAAUUACAAUGAAAUAUGAUUUGUUAGAUAAGGAUAACUAUGUGGUGGCUACAGAUAGUGGUGCUGACAUGUUUAAGGGUCAGUUUACAAUUAAGAACCCAAUACUUUGGUGGCCUGUUGGUAUGAGUAACAUCACUGCUUACCUGUACACACUGAAAGUAAUCACUAGUGUACCAUCUAGAGAUCUGCUUGAUAUUUACCGCAUACCAGUUGGAAUGAGGACAGUCAAAACAGAUAAAACAAAGUUUCUGAUAAAUGACAAGCCAUUUUACUUCAAAGGUUUUGGCAAGCAUGAAGAUGCAGAUAUUCGUGGAAAAGGCUUAGAUUAUGCACUUAUUGCAAAAGACUUCAAUCUCAUGAACUGGCUUGGUGGGAACGCAUUUCGUACCAGUCACUAUCCCUAUGCAGAGGAAAUAAUGGACAUGGCUGAUGAACAGGGUAUUGUUGUCGUUGAUGAAUCUCCAGGCGUUGGAAUUGGCGUGAACAACUAUGAAUUACCUUUAUUAAAGCAUCACCUUAACGUUAUGAAAGAACUCAUCACUCGAGACAAGAAUCGCCCUGCAGUCGUCAUGUGGUCAGUGGCUAACGAACCCAAGGCUGACAUACCUAAAGCUACUGCAUACUUCGAACCAAUAUUCAAACUGACCCGUGAACUUGACCCAACAAGACCUGUGACGUUCGUUACGCACUUUAAAGCGUGGAAUGACAAAGUGACCCAGUUUAGUGACGUCAUCUUAUGUAAUCGAUACUACUCCUGGUACCACGACUACGGCCAUACAGAACUCAUUAGUGCACAACUCGAAAAAGAGCUCAGAGACUGGUUUAACAAGUUCCAAAAACCGGUUGUACAGGCGGAGUAUGGUGCAGACACAGUUGCGGGGAUGCAUGUAGACCCUCCUGUGAUGUUCACUGAAGAAUACCAGGUGGAAACAUUGCAGCAAUAUUUCCCCGUAUUUGAUAAACUAAGGAAGGAAUUCUUCGUUGGAGAAAUGAUUUGGAACUUUGCUGACUUCAUGACUACGCAAGGGAUAACUCGAGUUGUUGGAAAUAAGAAAGGAAUUCUUACACGAGAAAGGCAGCCCAAAGCUGCAGCCUUCAUUUUACGACAAAGAUACCUCAACAUCACUUUAGAACAGACGCCGUCUGGGACUGGGGACGAUUUAAUGGAUGCUUUUAUCAAGUUUGAAAGCCGAGCUUCGCCAGUAAAUUCCAUUCCAAGCCAAGUUCUUUAUAGUCAAGGACGUAGAUGAUAUCUAUGAAACUUUUUAGGCUCGGAAAAGUAUUUUAAAAGAGAAUAUAAUAUAAUAACACUGAUUUGAUGAUUCUGUCAUUUUGAAAAAUGUUAAAACGAUUGUACGAUUGACUGUCAAGAUGGAUCUUUAUCGAUCUUAGAAAUGGAAAAAUGCAUUCAAUUUACGUGACGUACUAUUAUUUCUCUUAAUCAGUGAUCAUCAAGUCAGCCUCGUAGGGUAGUCUUUCACGGGUUAAGUGUAACCACUCUAUGAUAGUGUUUUAUAUAUACUGCAAGUUGAUUUAAUUAAGGGUAUUACAUCACUGACUUUUGUAUAAAAGGAAAGAACUUUAAUGCAAUAAUAAAACUUAUUCUUUUAUAUUGUAA